UUUCGAUAGGGAUAAAAAUAUUAAAAAAAAAUUUUUUAACUAAUUAUGGAAAAGUGUUCUAUUACUGAUACUGAACCACCAAAAAAAAAAUUUGCACUGGAAAAAAAAUAUUCCUGUAUAUAAAUUAAUUUUAUUCAUCUAUGUAAAUUAUAUUAGAUAAAAAAUGAUGAUAUGUUCAGAUUUAUAAAAUAUGAAUCUAUGGCCACCCUACAGGUGUACGAGCGCCUAUGUUGGCGGGAGCGGGGAUGGCGAUGGGGAUUGGUGGUAGGGCCAAUUCCCCACCACCAUUCCCCAUACCCGCAAGUAGAGAACAAGUGGAUCGGCACUCGGACAUGAACAAGAUCUACUGCCAGCGUCCCAUAAUACAGCACACGGACUGCUUCAACGCCAGUGUCUUGGAUUGCUCUGUUACUUUUAUGGUGGACAAGAACAUCUGCCUGCUCGGUGUACAGGUGCCGACGCAGGCGCCGUUCGAGAUCUCCGGUCAGUUCGGCGCGGGCGCGGGGGCGGGGGCGAGCGCGGGGGCGGCGGUUGCGGGGGCGGGGGCCGCGGGGGCGGGCGUGGGGGCGGCGGCGGGGGCGGGCGGCUACAGCGAGCUGCUGUACGCGCACCUGCUGGACGCGGACGGCGCGCGGCUCACGUACACGCACUACACCAGCCGCGUGCCGCACCGCCACCUGCUGGACAUCAUGUUCAACCGACCGGUCUACAUACAGAGGAACAAGGUGUACAAAGUGGGCAUAGUGUUCAACAAGGCGGGCUGGUACCCGAUGGGCGUGUGCGCGCAGCAGGUGGCCGCCGACUCGGUGUUCUUCCACUUCGGCAUCGGCCAGACCAGCGACAGCGUGCGAGACGGACUGAUACGGUCUAUUAUAUUCACUUAUUAGGUCAUCGCAACUUUGUUCCGAGGGAACCUACACAUGCUCCCGUUCUCCCCUAAGUAACCGUUUGUAAUGUUUAUCCUUUUAAUACUCUUUGUUUGGAUGUUU